GUGCAAACCGUUUUAUCCGGGCAUGUGCUGCAUGACAUUUGCCGAAGGAAUUCAUCGUAGCAAACCAGACGCGUUCAAAUCAACCUGUGUUUCGGUCUGUGCAUCGAGCGGUAAUUCGUGUUCACUUGCACUUUUCAGCAUACACUGGUACGGGUGCGUCCUCGGAUACAAUCGCAAUCAAUCUCUACCCCAAUCUCCUAAACAAUCACACAAGCAUCCAAAUCCAUGCCAGGAAGCGAUGGCACGGCACAAUCAAACCACUGCACCCUUGCAUAUCUGCUCGAGCGAUGAUGAGAUGCGCGAAGCGGAAAAUAACUCCCUGGUGGAAUCGGUAACGAUCGUACCGGGCCGAAUUCAGAUGGCUAUAAUGACGAAGAAGCCAAGAGCGGAGAAAAACGCUGCCAGCUACUACUUCACUACCGACGAGCAGCUUGUGUAUGCGAACUUUUACCAAGAUUUUGGACCGUUGAAUUUGGCCAAGCUUUAUCGAUUCUGUACCUUCCUCAACAAUGCGCUCCAGGAUGAGAUUCACGCCGACAAAACGUUCUACUACUACACCCGGAACGAGCCGAAAAAGAUCUUGAACGCCGCCUACCUCAUCGGCAGCUACAUCAUCAUCUACCGGCAGUUUAAUGUGCCGACCGUGAUGAAAACGCUCGGACCGAUCUUGAAGCAUGCGAACGGGGCAAAGUUUUGUGACGCAUCGAUCAAUGAUCUUGCCUUCCUGUCGCUGAAGGACUGCUUCGGCGGUAUACAUAAGGCGGUGCAGAAAAAUUUCUUCGACUUUGACGACUUCAACGUGGACGACUACGAGCACUACGAAUGCGUGGAGAACGGGGACUUUAACUGGAUCGUGCCGGACAAGCUGCUGGCAUUUUGUGGUCCGAAUUCGCGCACCGAACGUACCAGCGACUCGGUAAUGCUUGGACCGGAGGUGUACAUCGAUUACUUUCAUGCCAACAAUGUUACCGUGGUGGUGCGCUUAAACUCCCCACGGUAUGAUGCGCAUGCCUUUACCCGGGCCGGUAUUCAGCACCACGAUCUGUACUUCUCGGACGGUAGCUCGCCGAGCGAACGGUUGGCGAAACAGUUUUUAAAAAUUGUAGAAAAUGCACGUGGUGCGGUCGCGGUCCACUGUAAGGCCGGUCUGGGACGUACGGGAACGCUGAUCGGUGCGUACUUGAUAAAGCACUAUCAAUUUACCGCGAUGGAAGCGAUCGCUUGGUUGCGCAUCUGUCGGCCCGGUUCGGUCAUCGGGCAGCAGCAAACCUGGCUGAACAGCAAGCAGACGCAGCUGCUACAGGAGGGCGAGAUUUAUCGGCAGCAGCGGCAUCAUCUCUACAAUCCGCCCGAGAAACAUGACCACGGGGUGUACAGCAUGGUGCGGGAGGAGCACACGCAAAAAUCGACCCAACCACCGGGCACGCAACCGACCACGGACCAGGAGCUCGAUUCGGAAAACGUGCAGCGUAUUUCGCAGCGUGUCGAUACGAUGCGGUUGAACGAUGAGGACGAUCAGGAGGAGGAGGGCGAUCGGGUCGAUAGCGUAUCGCAGACGAACAACAACAUCGUACACUGUAAGCCGAUCAGGACGAAGAAGGUCGCCAAGCUCACCACCCGCCACACACGCUGGACGAGAUCAAACAAUGGGCGCACGGUGGUCAGCAAUGCCACCACCACGGCUACUGCCGUACGGCGUGGCCGAGGGAACGUCGCGCCAUUGGGUGGUACGCCCCAGCGUGCAUCACUGCAGGAGACGCUCGUCAGUCGGAAAAAGUUGGUCUCGUCACGGACCGAACUCCUUACCACGCCUUUCUCGGUUCGGAAUCUGCGCAACGCCACGAUACAAACUGCCUCGCAAGGCGACCAGCUGAAUUCCAUCAAAGCCGCCAGACGACAACAUGUGCCAACCGAUGCCAUCCAACAAAAGACCAAUAGCACGAAAAUGACUGUACCACCGGCAACAGUAACGUCUUCCCAGGUUGAAAGCUCAGCACGUCCAGUUGCGUCCACGUCAUUCGCUGUCGAGGUGGAUGAGGCAGAUAGCGCUGAACAGACGGCGGCCAUUUCCACCAUUGCAAGGAAGGAUACGUUGAAGAAGAAUCAUGCUGGAGAUGCGUCCACCUCACAACCCGCCAUACUGCCAUCCCACCAGUUCGUCACGAUGGUGAGCACCCAGGUUAACCACGGCAAGGAGAUCACGUACCAGGUAACGCUCGGCUGUAACCAAAUAGUGAAAUAUCUGCUGCCUGGUGUGUUAAUACCGGUGAUGAAGAAAAUGAAAACCAGCGAGGUUGUGCUGCGGUUCGAACCGUACUACUUUUGCGCGAUAGAUCUCUUCUCGUUCGGUGUGACGCUCGAUAUGGCGGAUGUGUUUAGCGUCGACCAUCUUGCGCCGGACCUGCAAAGCCCUAUCGGCCGCAAUGGCAGCCUGCGUACUACUGUACCGGUGCAAAAGGAAACGAACAAGGUAUCAUCUGGCCGACACCAAUCAGCCGCAGUUAAGCCGAUGGAGAAAACCAUACCUGCCAAGCUGACGUGGCUGUUGAGCGAGAGGAAUCGGCUUACGUUUCGCGUCUGCUUUGAUGUAACGUUGUUGGCGGACACACUGGCGGAUAAAACCUACAUCCACGGGUUGAUCAGAGCGGCAACAACUGUUCCAGUUUCGGGCAGUCCUCCGAAUCGCCAAUUUAAAACCACCGUCACGGGUGCACGCGAAGACAGCACAGACCAGCGGGUACACUUCGUGCUGACGCUGAACCUGACAAAGAUACUAGAAAAGCGGCGCAACAUGGGAACACGCAAGGCAGGUGUAGACACGUGCAAGUCCUUUCCCCAGCCUUGCUCCUCGAAAGGGGUGAAGCCAACGUUGAGCCGCACAAAAUCCAACUCAACAGCAGCCAUGGAGGAAGAAGAUUCGAACGGAUACACAUCGCUCGACCACAACGGUAACAAUGCAGCGGUAUCGUCCGCCCGGGCGACAACAAACAAUGUCACCGCCGAAACGGACACCAGACCAUCCAAACGGUUCCGGUACGAUGUUUCCCGCCAGUGGUAAUCGAAGCAAAUUUCGUACGCAGAAUGCCCUUGUCCAACGUUCAAAAAGAGACUGAAUAUCUUCGGACUAAUUAAGCGCGACACUCAACCACUACACGGCCGCGGCCGGCAUCCCCCCUCCCCGGCUAGUUUCUGGUCUCGAUCUUCUCACACCUUCGUUGCCUGCCUUAUCGAAAUUAAUCGUUUAAAACUGUAUUACGGCUCCGAUCCAGACUUAUCAUCACCGUACAAGCACUUAGAUACAUAAACAAAAAACGGAGGUCUUCCAAAUGAUGGAACAUAUUUACCUGCAAAAAAAAAAUUGUAACAAUUUCUUGCAUCCCCCAAUAUUGUCGUGCCUGCCCCAAAAAUGUUCGUUUGGGGAGGUUUUUUUUGUUGUUGUUAAUUAUUAAUUUUGUUGCGUUGCUUUACAAUCAAAACAGAGCGGUGUUUUGUGAAGACGAUCCUCACAACAUCAGCUUUAAAUUAUAAGUGGAAGCAAGCUGUCUGUUUCCUAUUUCAAUGCCAUUUUUUCCUUAACGUAUUAUAAGAAGCACAGCUGCAUGAAAUUGUUCAUUUAAGUUAAUAUUUACUUUAUAAAAAAACAAAAGCUGGUAUUGUACCAUUUUUGUUUGCAUUUUGCCUUACUUUUUGAUAGUUUCUUGUUUAGCCCAAGGCAUUCUAGCUCAGCUUCUGAUGCAAUCAAAAAAACACGUUUAAUUUAGGUUUAAAAAAAGAGUCGUUAACAUAAUCACAUUACUUUCUCUAACAUCACACGACGAUCUCCUUAGUGUUACGAAUCAUACACAAGCACCCAACCCAAAUCUCGACUGACUCGAUCUGGACGCAUGGGACACAGGGCUCGGCAAUCGUUGUCGGCAGCAUUAUUUUGUGUUGCUCUCCACAAUGGUUGCUUUUGCCCGAGCGCAGGGGGUUGGUGGUGCGAGCUUUAUGUACCUUUUUACAUUUUUAAUACCCCCCAAAAAGAAAACAAGCAAAUCAAAACGUUUAGUCAUUAGCAACUCACGCAUUUUGCUGCCUUUGCCAAGCGUAGGAAGGACACUAACAGCCGGUGAAAAAAGGUAAAUUAAAAUUUUGAAAACGAAACUCGUACCUCCCUCUGCCCGGUUCUCCCAAGGGGAUUUGUGUUUCCAUUUCUAAUUUUACGCCUUGCGAAGUGUGGAGUUGCUGCGAAAGUAAAGGGUGCAAAAAAUAUGUUAGAAUCCCAAAAAGUGGCUUCGGCUUUGUGCGAACGAGUGCCAUCGGUAAGAUAUGUAGCAAAAAUCACCUUUGAGCGUAUUUUAAUUUACACCAAGCAACGCGGGUACGGCAAUAUAUACAUAUAAAUAAAAUAAAAUUAUUGUACAUACGUAUAUUUAUUAGAUAAAUUAACAUUGCAAUCUGCCGAGCUUUAGUACAACACGAGUGUGGAAUUGUUUGUCUAGGUUACGUUCACCCGUCUAAGCUUUAAGCGAAUUCAGUUAAACUUUAUUUAAUCGGUCGGUAACCGUCCGUAUCCCAGAUCCCUAUGUUUUGUUCAAUGUGUGUGUGUGUAUGUGUGUGGGUCCAAACAUUGUGGCCACUGAGGAAAGAGUUGGAAUAAAAAAAAUUAACUAACUAAGCACGUGUAAGCAAGUACGAGUAUGGAAAUAAAAUAAAAAACCAACAAAUUUAAAA